AUGUCCUCUGAGCAGACCUUCUCGACAUCCGACCUCCGCGGCACUGCUCAAGACUACAAGCGGGACGCCGCCCACAAACACAAGUGGGCACUGGGCGCCACGGAGGGUCUUGCCGGUCGAGCGAGCGAGAAACCAAGGCCGUUCCGACCUUCCGAAACCGGAUUCAACGCAAAGCGACGGGACAUGAAGCAUGCGGUAGCUGCUCUGACCCGGGGAACCAAGGUCACUCGCAAGCAGGACAUUCUCGAGGAGGGUGCUACCAUUAGCGACGACUCUGCUGCAACCAACUCCGAUGAGUACGACGAGGGCGCGUUUUCACCUCCUGAGGGCGUCAUGUACUCCUUCGAUGCCAAGAGCGCGCCUACGCAGGGCAGCCAGAUCCUCAACGUCGCCCUCGCCAAAGCCGUAGAGCGGUUCGAGGAGAGGGAGACCGUCCGACUGGUGAAGGACGAGUAUGAUGUCCUGGACACAACCGGAGAAGUCGUGCCUCAGAGCUCCACUUCGCGCCGAUCGCGCAAGGGCAAAGGCAAGGCCUCUCCAGCCUCUGUCGCUGACGCAGACGAGGAUUACGAAUUUGUUUGA